GCUAAGAAUAAGGAAACUGGUGCUUUAGCAGCUGCCAAAGUCAUUGAAACAAAGAGUGAAGAUGAACUGGAGGAUUACAUGGUGGAGAUUGAAAUACUGGCGACCUGCGAUCACCGGCACAUUGUCAAGCUCCUGGGAGCGUUUUAUUGGGAUGGCAAGCUCUGGAUCAUGAUUGAGUUCUGCCCAGGCGGGGCGGUGGAUGCCACCAUGCUGGAGCUGGACCGAGGCCUGACCGAGCCCCAAAUUCAAGUGAUUUGUCGCCAGAUGUUGGAAGCCCUGCAUUACCUCCACAGCAAAAAGAUCAUCCACCGUGACCUGAAGGCAGGAAACGUGCUCCUCACCCAGGAUGGGGACAUCAAGCUUGCUGACUUUGGAGUGUCUGCCAAAAACAUGAAAACCUUGCAGAAGCGAGACUCCUUCAUUGGGACCCCUUACUGGAUGGCCCCGGAGGUGGUGAUGUGCGAGACCAUGAAGGACACUCCGUACGACUACAAAGCGGACAUCUGGUCCCUGGGAAUCACGCUGAUCGAAAUGGCCCAGAUCGAGCCACCCCAUCAUGAGCUCAACCCCAUGAGAGUCCUACUGAAGAUUGCCAAGUCCGAUCCCCCCACACUCAGCUGCCCUUCCAAAUGGUCCCUGGAGUUUAGAGACUUCCUGAAGACGGCGCUGGACAAGAACCCGGAGACCCGGCCCAGUGCUGCCCAGUUGCUGGAGCAUCCUUUCGUCAGCAAGGUGACCAGCAACCGGGCCCUGCGUGAGCUGGUGGCUGAGGCCAAGGCUGAGGUGAUGGAAGAGAUAGAGGACAGUCGGGACGAAGCGGAAGAAGAUGAUUCAUCGGAGUCUGCCUCGCCCCCCGGUAAGCACAAGCGGGACCCCUCUGAGGCGAGUCAGCUGAGUUUUGAUGGGGAGAAGCCUCCUGACUCUUCCUUGCCCAAGGCAGUGAACGGGGCUGUGGGGACUGGCAAGGAGACCACAGAUGGACAAAGCGAUCGAGUCUCAGAUGAAGGGAUAAGUAGUGACAGUGACAAACAGAGCAACCACUCCACAAAACCCCUUGCCAGCUCUGCCUCCUCUGGCCCAGAGGAUGGGAGAGCCACCGCGGGCACCCAGGGCAAGCCAGACAUCAUCUCGCAGCCCGGACAGCUGGGUAACUCACCGGGGGGGAACAAGCAGCCUGCGCCAGGCGGCAAGGAGCGGAAGAGCUUUGGGGAGCGACCAGAGAGCAGCUACCUGGAGAACUUCACGGAGGAGAAGCUUGCCAACGGGAGCUUGGAUCCCCCAGCACUGUUCCCUGGCAGCCGGUCCAAAGGGGAUUCAGAUUCUGGCAGCACUUCAGCCUCCGAAAGCAUGGACCUCACCAUCUCCCUGUCUGCUGACCUGUCCCUCAACAGAGAGAGUGGCUCCAUCUCCCUGAAGGAUUCCCGGAUGCACAAGAAGACACUGAAACGCACCCGCAAGUUUGUGGUGGAUGGAGUAGAGGUGAGCGUCACCACCUCAAAGAUCAUCAGUGAGGAUGAAAAGAAGGAUGAAGAGAUGAGAUUUCUCAGGCGCCAGGAAUUGCGGGAGCUGCGUCUCCUUCAGAAGGAGGAGCACCGAAACCAGGCCCAGCUCAACAGCAAACACCAGCUGCAGCUGGAGCAAAUGCUCAGGCGCUUCGAGCAAGAAAUGGUGACAAAGAAGAAGUUCUAUGACACAGAACUGGAAAACCUCGAACGGCAGCAGAAGCAGCAGAUUGAGAAGAUGGAACAAGAUCACUCGCUGCACCGGCGGGAGGAGGCCAAGCGCAUUCGCCUGGAGCAGGAGCGGGACCAUGUCAAAUUCCUGGAGCAGCUGAAGCAGAUGAAGAAGGAGGUCAAGAAUGAGGUUGAGAAGCUGCCACGGCAACAGCGCAAAGGGAACAUGAAGGUGAAGAUGGAUGACUUCGCCCAGAAAAAACAAACCAUGGAACAGGAGUUUUUGGCCAAGCAGAAGGAGGACCUGGAGCUAGCCAUGAAGAAUAUAACCGCCCAGAACAAAAAAGAGAUCUGUGACAAGGAACGCGAGUGCCUGAACAAAAAGCAGCAGCUCAUGAGAGACCGGGAGGCGUGCAUCUGGGAUCUCGAAGAGCAUCAGCAACAGGAGAAACACCAGCUUGUCAAGCAGCAGCUAAAGGACCAGUAUUUCCUCCAGAGGCACGAGUUGCUCCGGAAGCAUGAGAAGGAAAGGGAGCAAAUGCAGCGAUACAACCAGCGCAUGUUAGAGCAGCUGAAAAUUCGGCAGCAGCAGGAGAAAGCCCGGCUCCCCAAAAUCCAGCGGAGCGAAGGGAAGACACGCAUGGCCAUGUACAAGAAGAGCCUUCACAUCCACUCCAGCGGGACUGCAUCCGAGCAGCGGGAGAAAAUAAAACAGCAGGAAGAGAAGAGGCAAAAAGCAGAGCGGCUGCACCAGCAGCAGAAGCAUGAGACGCAGAUGAAGGACAUGCAGGCCCAGUGCACGAGCAACAUGAACGAGCUCCAGCAGCUGCAGAAUGAAAAGUGUCACCUCUUAAUUGAGCAUGAAACCCAGAAGCUCAAGUCCCUGGAUGAGAACCACAACCAGCACAUGAAGGAGUGGCGGGACAAGCUGAGGCCACGGAAGAAGGCCCUGGAAGACGAGCUGAACCAGAAGAAGCGUGAGCAGGAGAUGUUCUUCAAGCUGAGUGAGGAGGCAGAUGGACAGACUCCGGCAUCCCCAACCAAGCACGCCAAGUUUGUCCUCUUCAGCUCCGCAGAGAGCUCAUAA